GAGGAGCUCUGAGUCUGUUUACACUGAAAAAGAGGGUGAAAGACAGAAGGAGGAGGAGUCUGUGGCAAAAAGAGGACAGAUAAGAAGAGGAGGAGAGACAGACAGAGACAGAGACAGAGGAGAAGAACUGACGUUAGAUAAGGAUGGAUCUAGAUUUUCUUCAGACUCUGGAAAGAGAGCGAGUCCUAAAUGUCCUUCGAAGAGACAAACAGCUGAGAAUCAUAGAAGAAGACAGAAUCAGGAGGAUGAAGCAAGACCUCCAGGAGGUGCGCAGGAAAGGCGCCAAGAACUUCACUCGUCAGUACGGCGAGCGAACCUGCGCCCGCUGCCAGAGGCCCCUGGGAAAGUUCUGGAACUCGGGUGAUGUGUGUCACGGCUGCAGCCACCGCAUCUGCAGCAGGUGUCGUGUGGGAGCAACGAACUGGAAAUGCACAGUGUGCUACGCCUACAGGGAGGUGAAGAUCAGGUCUGGAGAGUGGUUUUUAGAGGAAAAGCUGAAGAAAUUUCCAGUCAGUACAGACAAGUAUGAAACAGUCGGGGAGAAGUUACUGAAGGCCUACAACGUGCUGAGUCAUAUUGCAAUCGUGCCGCCGACUCCUCCCCCUCAUUUGGACAAUAAUGUCACAAGUAGAUCUGGGAGUAUUAAAAAUUCCCGAGCUUUCGCCAAAUCACUGGAAGAUCUGGUGACCUCCUUCACCAGUCACAUCGUGAAGAAUAAGAAGAUUUCAACGUCUCAACAUGACAUACAGGGAGACCUUCUGAUUGUCAACAGCGGCUGCAGAGCUUCACAGUUCACCUUCAGCACUCAGAAGAGUCUGUCAGACACAGACAUUGACAAAUCCUCACGACUCUUCAAAGUGCCGAGUCUUCCAAACUUGUUUAAGAAAAAUAAAGACAGUGACCAGGAGGGUUCUUCCACCGGGGCUGAAGAAGAAACCUCCUUCUACAGUUCAGAUGUUUCUGACGGGAAGAUGGGCAGUAAUAGCAGCAUCUACUCAGACUGUGGCCUCUCUGAGGGGAUCAGCGUGGCAGGAGAGCUGGAGCUGUCGCUGACCUACAACAGCUACACUUCCUGUCUGCAGAUCACAGUUGGAGCCUGCAGGAACCUCGCGUACGGAGACACCAAGAAGAAGAGAUGUCACCCGUACAUCAAACUGUACGUGCUCCCAGAAAAAAAGAGCAAAAUGAAAACCAGUGUGAAGAAAAACACAACAUCUCCAGUUUAUAAUGAGGUUUUGCAGUAUCACAUUGAACGCCACCUACUGUUUGGAAAGAGACUGCAGGCCUCUGUGUGGCACUCGGGGUCCCUGAGAAAGAAGGUGUUCCUGGGUGAGGUACAAGUUCCACUGGACGGCUGGACAACAGACGACAACGUCUCCCAGCGAUUCAACUGGUUUCCACUGUGUCCUAAGAGGCCAGUAGGGGGCGCAAUGGAAUAACAGGACGAACACCGAGCCUAACUGCAACGAAAAACAUGGUAUCUGACCGAUAUACACACCCUGGACACGCCGUUUCUGAAGGUGACACCAGGAGACUCACCUGCUGCUGAUUCACCUCGUUACCAGGGCGUCUCUUCACAGAAUCUGGACCUGUGGGAUGAAAAAACAGACCAUGGUAGCAACAGAAGUUUUGAUUGGAUGAUAACAUUUUACACUUCCAAAUACUGUAUGUCAGUAAUAAUAAUUUAUUUUACACACUUUAUUUAUUUCAAAGCAGCUUAAGGUUUAUUUAUUUUAUUAUUUAAGUUUUAAUGAGUGAAUGUGUAAUCUAGUCCUGCUGUAAAGUUCAAAACCAUAUGUUUUUGUAUUGCUAAAAAGUUGUGAUUUGCUCUAUAUUUAUUUAAUACUGACUUUUGUUGUAAAUUAUAAGAAUAUUUAUUGUCAAACUGUUUACUAAUAAAGGCCUCCCAUAUUA